AUGGACAUGGACAUGGAUAUGCCUCCUGCGGAUCCGACUGUGGUGGACUUGCCAUUGUCGGAUCCCAGAUGUAAUACGAGUGAUUGUACUGCGUUCGCAGAUGCCGCAGCCGAAUCUGCAGAACUACACCCGUGGGCAGACCAGUUCAAGUACGGUCGUUGGGCAACAUACUACUAUCUUGUCAUUAUCGCUCUGUUCAUUGUCGCAUACCUAUACCGCACAUAUCAUGAUCGAAAUGCGACAGCCUCCAAAAAGAACGCAAGCCAAUCACCGUCAAUAGGAAACAAGCUACUCGCUGGAGGCCGCUGGCUGGCAUAUCGGCGCAUUCACUUCCCUGGAUCGAGCAUCUUUGAAAUCCCAUCAUUUGGAGUUCUCGCACUGCUCCUCGCCACGAUCGUGUUCCUGGCCGCUUGUACCUUUGCAACACGACCAUACUAUCGACAGCAUUACAAAUAUGGAUCACCUCCGAUCGCCACCAGGACGGGCCUCAUGGCUUAUGCGUGUACACCAAUCUUGAUUGCUCUGGCUGGGAAGGCAAAUGUCCUCACCUUGAUCACAGGCAUUAGUCAUGAGAAGUUAAAUGUCAUUCAUCGCUGGGUCGGGUGGAUUACUUUGGUCUUGAGUUUGAUUCACACCAUCCCUUUUCUCUAUCAACCUGAAUUCCUCGAAGGCAGAAGACACAGUCACGGUACAUGA